UCCGACAUCCACCGCCAAGCCACCCUUCAACUAGAACUGGAAGUCGACAGAUGGUACUCUUCCUUCUGCAACCUCAUCAAAUCUCAAAGAGACUACAUUCACUCCUUAACUGGUUGGCUCCGUCUCUCCCUCUUCCAAUCCUAUCACCAUCUCGAGUCCCUUCCCAAAACCAAUGGGCCCUACUCCUCCGACAUCUACUCUACUUGUGAAGAAUGGUAUCUUGCUCUUGAUCGCAUCCCUGAUAAAGUCGCUUCUGAGGGUAUAAAAAGUUUCUUGACAGUAAUCCAUGCCAUUGUCCUUCAGCAAUCCGAGGAGCAGAAGCAGAAGAAAAGGUCAGAAUCUGCCUUCAGAGAGCUUGAUAAGAGGGUGAAUGAGCUAAGAUCUCUAGAAUCUAAGCAUGGGCCAUAUGGGGACUUCUCAACUCAGAGAAGCACUUCACCGGUAAUGGAGAAGAGGGCAAAGGUGGAUUUUCUGAAAGUGAAGGCCGAGGAGGAGAAAGCAAAGUAUGAAAAGAGCUCAGGGAUGACGAGGGCGAUGACUAUUAAUAACCUUCAGACAGGAUUUCCUAAUGUUUUUCAGGCAAUGACGGGAUUUUCAAGUGUAUGCAAGCAAGCUUUUGAGGAGGUGUAUAGUCAUCAUACGAGCUCGAGGCAAGCUCUGAACUUGAAGCUUCUAACUUAGUGAAGAUAAUUUUUAGAAAAUGAUUAGAUGUAUGAAUUGUAUACAGUGUUAGAAUUCUAGAGUUAGAGAGCUCUUAGGCUUUUCAUUCAAGUUAUAACCUAUAAUGUUUCAGAAUUGAGAGAGAAUGAGGAGAGCAUGUAGAUUGAAGGUAGUAUUUAAUACAGUUCCUGGUUUGGCGAGCUUUCAUACCAAAUCUAGAGUUUGUUUCAGAGGCUUCACUGUGCUUUCGGUACUCUGUUCUAUUGCAAAGAGUAGAGAUUCAAAUGAUAGUAUGUCCUUGAUAAUUUUGGAUUUCUCAGAAAUGAUUCUCUCUAUCUGCAACAA